UACGGAGCCGACUGGCCUCCAUCCCACCACAGCCCGAGAAUGGGGGACUUGGAAGUGCUGCUGCCCGGAGAGGCCGAGGCCCUGGUGCAGGUCCUGCAGAGCUUUCCGCUGUGGGAGAUGGGAUCCCAGGGGUGGUGUCGGCAGCAUGAACAGCUGGAGAAGUUGAAUAUGCAGGCCAUCCUGGAUGCUACUUCACCCAGCCAGGGAGAGCCCAUCCAGGAGCUGCUGGUCACCCAUGGCAAGGUCCCAACUUUAAUCGAGGAGCUGAUCUCUGUGGAGAUGUGGAAGCAGAAGGUGUUCCCCGUGCUGUGCAAGCUGGAAGAUUUCAAGCCCCAUAACACCUUUCCUAUUUACAUGGUGGUGCACCAUGAGGCCUCCAUCAUCAACCUUCUGGAGACCGUCUUCUUCCACAAGGAAAUAUGUGAUUCAGCCGAGGACUCCAUUUUGGACUUGGUUGACUAUUGUCACCGAAAACUGACCCUCCUGGUGGCCCAGAGCAGCUCUGAAAGCUUCUCGGUGCCUGAAGGAGAGCUUGAGCUUUCACCUUUGCAGGAGCUGCAGAAGCAGGCCCAAACCAUGGAGUUUGAGAUCUCUCUGAAGGCUCUUUCUGUGCUGCGCUACAUCACGGACAACGUGGACAGCCUGUCUCUGAGCACCCUGACCCGUAUGCUGAGCACCCACAACCUGCCCUGCCUCCUGGUGGAGCUGCUGGAAAAGAACCCCUGGCAUCGCCAGGAAGAAGGCCAGCUGAAGAGGUUUGAGGGGGGCAGGUGGCAAAUCGUGACCGCCAAGGACUAUCCAAAGCUGACCAAGCUAGAUGGUCAGGUGUGGAUUGCCCUGUACAACCUGCUGCUCAGCCCCGAAUGCCAGCCCAAGUAUAACCUCACCGGCUUCAACAAGAACCAGCUCCUUAAGCUCCGGGCCUUGCUCACUGAUAUCCUGCUGGACCAGAUACCCAACCUGGUGGAUCUACAGCGCUUCCUGAGCCACCUGGCAGUUACUGAGCCCCUCCCUCCCAAGAAGGACCUGGUGAUGGAGCAGAUCCCAGAAAUUUGGAGCCGGCUAGAGAGGAAGAAUGGGGGAAAGUGGCACGCCAUUGCAAAAUACCAGCUGAAGCACAUCUUUAGCCCCUCUGAGCAGGACCUGCGUCUACAGGCCAGAAGAUGGGCAGAGACUUACAAACUGGAUGUGAUGGAGGCACUGAGCCCUGAGAAACCCAAGUGUGCCUCCUGCAAUGCCGAGGCCUCCAAGCGAUGUUCUCGGUGCCAGAAUGAGUGGUACUGUAAGCGGGAAUGCCAGGUAAAACACUGGCAGAAGCACCGAAAAUCCUGUGACUUAAUGGCCAAGGCGCUGGACGGUAUGAAGGAGGAGGUCAAAGCGUAA